AUGUUCAGCAAACAGUAUUUUGUCGUGCUCUUACUGGCGUACGUUGCAAAUUGCGAAAAAUCAUAUUUACCACCCUACAUCGUACCAUGUGAGUUCAAGAGCGAUGACUUCGUGGACUGCGUCAAGAAUCAAAUUGAGAUCGCACUGCCGCUAUUCACACUUGGAAUCCCAGAAAUGGACGUCCCUUCAAUAGAUCCAGUUCACUUGAAGAACAUCGAGAUUCUUGGAAACGGGCUAAACCUGACCUUCUCGGAAGCUAAAAUGCACGGCCUCAGUCAGGCUAAACUGACGGAAUUAAAAGUGCAACUGAGCAAAGGUGAAGGAAAAUUUUCUCUAUCGUUCAAAAGCAACAUGAACUUGACUGCAAAGUACGUCGCCGAUGGCAAAAUCCUAAUUCUUCCGAUCAAAGGAAACGGAGACGCAUUGGUUGAUGCUCAGGGUGUAGAAGUGCACAUUGACAGUAAAUUGAUCCAUGAAAAGGACAGCAAAGGUGACCAUAUGAAGCUGGCUACUCCAAAGUAUAGGUAUACCAUCGAACGCACCGUAUUCGACCUGAAGAACCUAUUUAACGGAAACAAGCAACUUGCGGAAACAACCCUUCAGUUUGCCAACGAAAACUGGCAACAGUUGAUGGAUGAGCUCUCUCCCCCGGCCAUCAAGCAGAUCGUAAAAACCGUCGUCAAAGCCAUCAACAAGUUUUUGUCCAAAGUCGACAUUCAUGAAAUAAUAAAAGGAUAUACCGAAGAUUAA